CAGUUUCCCAUUUCUUCUUGCGCUACAAAACUUCCCACUUUUCUGAACAACUGCUCAUCAUCUGUGUUUUUUUCUCUCUUUCGGUCAUGGCGGAUUCCACCACCGAGUUCCAUGAUUGGGAGCUCCUUCGCCCCUCUUCUCCGACUGCUAACCCCUUAGACCUCGCCGGUGCUAUCAACCCUGACUACUUCUCCCUGUUGCCUACCCCUCUCCCUGCCGAUCGCACCCCUACGGUGCGUGUUUCCGAUGAAUCUGAUUGUGUUGAUCCUUCGCAUUCUGAACGUGUUUUUGAGUUUUCUCGGGGUGUUUUGGAUGAUUUCUCUUCCGAGGAAUCUUCCUUUCCCCUUGGUGGCGAGAAAGAUGAGAACUUUGAUGCUUUCGAUCGAAAUUUGGGGUCGAGGUCUGAAGGAAUUAGGGUGGGUUGUCGGGAAAAGGAGGAAAUCGAGGAGCUUGAGAAUUCCAUAGAUUUCUCGACCGACGAUUCAUCGGAACCGCUUGACAGCGAGCAAGGAGAGAACGUUCGUUUUUUGGAUCAAGAAUUAGGGUUAGCUUUUGAGGGAAUUGGGGAAAGUUGUCAGGUAUUGGAUGGGGUUGAAGGGAGUGAGGUGAAAAGCGAGGAAUCGAGAGUUGAGGGUGAAAUCAAGGAAAUAAUAAAUGUUGGGAAUGGUGAGAAGAAGCAUGAGGUUUGGUGGAAGUUGCCAGUUGAAUUGUUGAAGUUCUAUGUUUUGAAGAUGAGGCCAGUUUGGUCGGUGACUAUCGCUGCAGCGAUUGUUGGAGUUGUGAUGGUUGGCAGGAGGCUGUAUAGGAUGAAGCAGAGAAGCAGGGGCGUUCCUCUGAAGGUCAGCUUGGAUGAUAAGAAGGCAUCCCUGCUUAUGGCACUAGCUGCAAAUCUUAAUGAUGCAUUCUUAGUGAUGAAGCGAGCUCCAAUCAUAAGGCCUUCAUCUCAGCCAGGUGGUCUGACUCCAUGGCCAUUACUAGGCCUUUAAGCAUCCAUCGCCUCCUCUUCAAUGUACACCAAUCAUUUUAAACAGGUCAGAAGGGGCUUGUUUUAUAUGCAUAUGCUUUUGUCUUGAGAAAUUAUAGAAUGCUUUCAUUUGGCCGAGCCCUCAUCGGAAAGAGUCCUGUAAGCUGCUGUCAUCCUGGCCGACGAUGCAGAGUUGUGUAGUUUCAGUGGUAACUUCUGUGAUCCAGUCUUUCUUGAUCGCAUAAAGUUGAUCAGUCAUGCCUGCUGCCAAGCUCUGGUUUUAGAUGCCAAUGUUGUUUGCUUGCUUUGUGAUUUAUCUUUUAUAUGAAGAGGUUGAAUACUUCACAGCUUUUAUAUUGAUAUGUUGUACUGUGUUUUUAUGUGUGAAUUAUGAAUUGUGGCAUUGAAAAUAAGAAAACAGGAUAACUUGUCCAGCUUGUUAUUUAAAUCAA